CUACACCAACCACAAACCCGAGGACUGGGAGACGCUUGGCUUGGUUCGAGCGCAGCGUUGAGUGAGAGGGGAUAGCUCGGAACAGUCAGGGCUAAACUUUCAGGGAGUGUGACGAGCAGGUCGUGAAUAAAUUAACUGGGUCACCAUCCCCCGUAUUCCUUCCCAGCAAGAUGGCAGACGUAGAGCUGGUGAAGAAGAUGUUACGGGAGGUGCUGACGGCCAAUAAGAGCGGACCCGGGGUGUCUUUGUCCCGCCUCCAGUCUGAAUACAAGGAUCUGACUGGUGAACAGAUCCCUCAUAAGCAGCUGGGUCAUGGCAACCUGGACGCUCUGCUGCACAGCAUGCCCAGCGUGGUCCGCAUGGAGCGCAACCGUUCUGGGGAGAUGGUGUAUUUCGCCUCAGUCUCUGGUGAGACUGCCCAUGUCGCCAAGCUGGUGGCUCGCCAGCGUACCUCGAAGAAGACUGGACGACCCCAAAUGGUCAACUGUCAGAUGAGAGUGAAGCCUGCCGCCCCUCUCGUCCUCAACGCCAAGCCCAGAACAUCCCUAAGACAGCCAGACCAUAGGGGUCGUGGUGUAGGGCGAGGAGGAGGAAGUGGAGGAGGCGGGGGCGGCCGGUCAGGGGGCCAACAUGACUUUAGACAGGGGAGGGACAUGAGGGACACCCAAUCAGAAGGGAAGACUAAUCAGAGUUCCAACCAGAACAAACCAACCCAUCAGAACACCCCUACCACCAGGAAGUCCUCUGUGCCCUCAGAGAGGUCAGACAAAAGGAUGACACUUCCAUCACGGUUCCAGAAGGAAGUGCACGCUCACCUAUCCAGGAAUACCCAAAGCAACACUCCCUCAAACCUCAACGAGAGUGCUGGCUCUGGGAAGCCCAAGCCACAGCACUCCCCCAAGGACUACAACCCCUCCUCUGCUGGCGGGAACUACAGCCCCCAGCAGGUGCAAGGCCGUCUCAGAGAGGUGCUGAACAAAUACAGUAAUGGCUUCUGGGUGUCUAAGUUACCCCAGCUCUACAGAGAACUGUACAAACAGGACCUGCCUAGCGAAGCACUUAAAGAUCUGGAGCACUGGACACACGUAUGCACUGUAGAGAAACCUUGCAGCAGUAACCCAAAAGAGUUACUCCUAUACCCAGCUAAAGAACCAACACAUACACAGACCCCAUCCCCUGUCCCUACCAGAGUCCUAUCCCCCACCUCCGCCCCUUUCUCCAUCCACGGACAUCAAACCCCAGUCAAAGCCCCCUACCAGCCCCCUACCACCACCAUGAGCCCUCUCCCCCUCACCCCCCCUUCCACCUCCCCCAGUCACGCAGCCUCCCCCUCCACCCUCUCCCCCGACUUGAAACAGAAGCUCGGGGAGCUCCUGGUGAAAUACAGCAACGGUCUAUGGGCCCACGCCUUACCCAAACUCUACUUGGACACGUACAAGACCAAACUCCCCGAACACGUCCUGGAGAAUCUCUCGCUGCUCUCCGACUUCUGCACCGUAGACUACCCCAUGCCGGACAACCCCAAGAGGGCCAUCCUGUACAAGAGGACCAAGGAGGAGGAGCGCUGCAACAGGAGGGAGUCAGUGGAGGAGCGCAGGGCCAGAGAGGAGGUAGGGAGGAGGCUCAGUUCCCAGGCUGUACCUCCUCUCCUCAUCCCCAGGGAGGAGUACCCCUCUGUGCUGGUGGUGGAAGCUACCAAUACCAACGGAGUCCUACUUCGGUACAUAGGAGAGGGCUACUCCCAGGCCCAGGAGGCUCUGGAGGAUGAGAUGAGAGAGUUCUACUGUUGCCAAGACAACCACAGUCGUACCCCUCUGGCCUCUCCAACCUCGGGUCAGCUGACAGCCGUCAGGGCUGAGGAAGAGGAGGAGAUACUACGAGCACAAGUCACAGAGGUCAUGACCGACAAGGUCAAGGUUUACUAUGUGGAUCACGGGUUUUCGGAAAUCAUCAGUAAGGCCAAAGUGUUUGAGCUGCAUGAUACGUUUUUCAAGCUGCCUUUCCAGGCCACCAAGUGUACAUUGGCUGGUCUGGAGACUUUCUGCCAGGAGCCUGCUGUUCUGAAGAAGUUUGAGUCCAUGGCUAGCGGAAAGAUCCUAUUGGCUGAGAUCCUGGAGAGAGAGCAGACCCCAUUGGUGGUCCUGUAUGACACGUCGCAGGAUGAUGAUGUCAACAUCAACGCAGCCUGUAUCAAAGCCCUGCAGGACAAGACCCUAGCCAGCCCACUACAGGUGAACAGUGCCUAUAUGAACGUGGCGGUGAGAAGUGUGUGUUCAGACGGGACCAUCUACUGCCAGCUCCCUUCUCGAGGCCUGGCCAAACUCACUGAGAUACUGGAGAAGACCGAGGCUUACUUCCACUCACAGGUGACAUCAGAGUUCCUGGUGUCCAGACCGUUCUGUGGUAAAGGCUGUCUGGCUCGCUACAAAGGCAAAUGGUCUCGCGUGGAGAUAACCAAUCUCCAUGGCAGCAGAGUCCUAGACAUCCUUUUCAUAGACUUGGGGGUCCAGGCUUCGGUGGAGGUGUUUGAACUGAGGGAAGUCCCAUCCCCUUUCCUACAUGACCUGAUUGCUAUUCCACCACAGGCAGUGAAGUGCUGUCUGGCUGACCUGGCUGUUAGUGGUGUGGGCUCUUGGACCCCAGACGCUGUUCAGUGGCUCCGAGACGCCGUGCUCAACUCUACAGACUGUAGUAUGAAGAUCGCUAAGCUGGACAAGACCAAGCGCAGCGUAGUCCAUGUCUACCUGUUCACCGACAAGAACUUCCACGACCCCACGAGAAGCCUCAACCGCCAAAUGGCCGCCUCUGACCUCUUCAAACACCAAGGAGACGUCUUCCUAAGCAGCCACAGCCCUUCCAAGACCUCCAUCUGUAACUCCACUGCCACCCUCACCUCCACAACCACAACCACUCCCAGCUCCAAUGGGACCAAGCCCCAGCUACGACGCGCCCACUCUGGCUCGGGACCCAGGCCAACGGGGGGUACAGGCACUCCUCCUGGAACUCCCCCACCUCCCUCAACCACCGCCCCUAUUAAGCUACCCCCUCUGCUGGACCUCCCUCCUGCAGGUCACAACAUGGAUAUCUAUGUGUCUGUGGCCUGCCACCCGGGUCACUUCGUACUGCAACCCUGGAGAGACAUGUACAAGCUGGUAGUUCUGAUGGGAGAGAUGAUCCUGUACUAUAAUAAAACAGAGGAGAAGCCUCUCAAAGUGGAGAAGAAUCAGAUAUACGCUGCUAAGGUGGAGAACAAUUGGCACCGUGUGCUGGUGAAGGGGGUGUUGACCAACGGCCUGGUGUCUGUCUAUGAGCUGGACUACGGUAAACACGAGCUGGUCAGCUGCACCCAGCUUCGCCCACUAAUCCAGGAGUUCAGACAGUUGCCAUUCCAGGGCAUCACUGCACAACUCGCAGGAGUGAAGCCGAGGCAGUGGUCGGAGGAGGCUUCCAUCGUGUUCCGGAACCACAUAGAGAAGAAGCCGUUGGUGGCCCAGCUGGAGGCCGUACAGGAAGCGCAUCACCCCUGGGACAGGAAGUUGACCGUCUUCCUGGUCGACACCUCGCAGGAGGAGAGGGACAUCUGGGUGCAUGACAUCAUGGCUGAGUUCACAGACGAACUCACCAAAGAAGUGUAGUUGGAUAAACUGUACACAACAGUGCAUCUAUAGUGCUGGUUAUGGCAGGAACAACUAGGUAGGUCUAUCCAAAACAAAUGUAAAAAAUAUAUAUACACAUUUGUUUUGGACACCUAAGCGUAGUUGGAUGCUGGACUUUGCUGCGGGCGUUGCUAUGAGAAACCAGAACGCUUGUUGAGGUUGCUAUGGGAGACCAUUGGGAGAUGGUUUAGAGAUAUGUCACUUAGACUUGUCAUUUUGUGUUUGAGAGUGGGGUGACACAGUGACAAUGAAACACACUCGCAGAAGCAUGGCAUGAUAUUUUCAUCAAAAGCUCAAUAAUAUCACCCUCGUGCUGACUUACCUUACAGCUUUGCCACACAGAGGAGUUGUCACAGUGAACUAUUGAAAAUCUAGUCUUGUUAUGGGAUUGGUUUCCCAAAGCCUCCGUAGCUAAUAACAUGGUACAGUACUUUGUUUCUCUGGACAACCCAGACUCACACCACUUGUUGAACAGCAAAGUGCUUAAUUUGACAAAUUCCGUUCUUAACUGGAAAACAUUGAUAUAUCUGUUUCUCUCUCUUGUCAAGGUUGUGGGAAAGAAAUAGCAGUCAACAUUAGCUACAAAGGAUUUUGGAAACUCACCUAUGGCUAGAGUGGCUUUCAUUAGGCUACAGUGUCUAUAUAAAGAAUUUCUACUCUGGCUAUACAAGCUAUGGAAAUGUAUAUGUGGUGCAUUAGCUGCAUUAUCGAUCAACAAUGCACAAAAAGUAUUUAACUCAACUUGUAAGAGACUGUGGUUGGUUUAAAGGCCUUUACCAAUAGCCUGGUUAAACUAGAUUGAAAGGUGAACAACAAUAGUUAGUGCCGCAUUCAGUCUGUUAUAGCCAGGCUAACUUUACCAAGGUCUGUUCAUGGGAAUCUAAUAUAAAAGGUAUAUAAAUAUAUAUGUGAUACAUUAUGUGAUACAUUAUCGAUCAGCAACGCACAAAAAGUAUUUAACUCCACUUGUCAGAGACGGUUGUUAAUUGAGACACAGAGUUACAGUAUGAAGGCCUUUACUGUACCCACGCCUGUUUAUUUGAAUCUGACGUCAUGAAGGUUUACAAAACAUAGUUUAAAGGGAUAGUUCGGCAAUUAUUUUGUCCAUAGACCGCUUUCAAGGUAAGGAAACCUGGAUUAGUAAAUAUGUUAAAAUCACUGAACUAUCACUUUCAGACAUUCCCUCUAGUGAAUUGAUGAUGCAAAGAAGCCAUUGUUAUUUCUAUUUCCCACUCAUGUGACUUAGCUCGGUUUUAAAAAUGUUGGUUUUAAUUUAUUUAUUUUUAAUUCAUUGAUUUUGUGAUUUUUGUGUCGGACAACAAGACUUUCUGCAGAUACAGUAUUAUUAGACCAGGAGUUUUGAGUGACCACGUGACCUGACCGAGAACAUUUUUGGGGGCCCGAGCUACAGUAUUAAGAUAUUACUGUACUAUAGGGCCCAAAGUUCGUUUUUAUGGUCAUGUCAUCUAGGUUGGGAAAAGCUCCUGGCCCUAGAUACACUGCAUGAUAUGUUGGAAAUUGUGCUGAAUUGCGUGCACAUAAUUUGAUAAUACAAUAUAUGCUAACCGGUA